AUGGUCCAUAGAGUUCUGACCUGGCUUUUGUUUCUCCUCAGUUUGCUAUUCACCAUUGACUUGGUGCUGAGCUUCACAAAGAACAUUUACACCUCAGACGACAGUUUUUUAAGGAUUAGCAGAAGUAUAAACCAUCCAGAUGAGGGCGGUAACAGCAGUCUUACUUCUUUGAGUCGCUCCAAGCGCGUGGCCAUCUACAAUGGACAGGGCGUUGUCAAGUUCGUACCUAGCCUGGCGUAUCCUGUGAAGCAGACGGACAAGAAGCAGUCCUUUUGGUGGUUCUUCAACGUGCAAGGCCAGUGGAUACCCACCACCAUUCCCCUGUACUGGUGGAGCUUUUGGAACACCACCGCUUUCGUGUCCACUGCUCGCGAGUGGCGCAAGGACAUGCAGGCAAAGGUCCUGCACGACGAGGCGCGCACAUGGGUCUACAAUGCCAUUGAAGUGGGCAUGGAGCAACUAGAUGGUGCUUACGGCGGAGUUUGCCUGCUCAGAAGCAUAUGCGAAAUCUCGCAGAAACCCUUUCAGAACAGCAACAUCUUCAGUGAGAUCGUAAACGCAGUGCUGGUACCCACCCUGGACAAUGUGGCGAGUAAGUAUUUACACGCCCGGAACGCGGGACGUGGAGGUGCCGACUGCGAGCGAACCUAUAGCGAUUGCAAUCCGCUCCUCUGGAGCCUCGUGACAAAUAUGGCCAAGAAUCCGUUUCAGUGA